UCCAAUAAAUAACGGUGGGACGAGGCGGAUGAAAUCAGAGUGAAAUGCUCCGCGUUGCACACGCGGCGCAUAUCAAAACUCUUCAAACGAGUAGAUCUACCUGUCGUCGAGCGACGUCGGCUGACGUUACGAAUGCCGGUCAUACCUUCGACAUGCGAUCGCGUAACUGCGACUACAAGACGCGAGAGCGAACCACUACCGGACGACCGCUCGUCGGCUCGAUGUCGGACGUUCCUGGUACGUCCACACUCGUUCGCCAUUACAACAUUUCAUCGGCCGCACCGCAUAGAUGCGUCUGACGCGGAGAAUCCCAUUCAAAGGCAAAAUAAAUACUGCCGUUCUGUUCUGUUCUAUUCACACGGCACACUCGUGUCUGAGCGACCGACGCGUAAUCGACGCAAUGAAGUACUCGCGGAAGAAAGUACAUUGGGUAACGAGCGAUCGGCUAAUGGCUAAUGGUAACGGCCCGCGCAGAUAAUAGAUAGACUGACAACGGCGAUGUUUUACUCUCUACACGCUUCGCUACUCGACGUUUCCCAUAGUAAAUAAUGAAUAAUUCAUUGGUACCAUCGAUCGGGACGCCAGUUAUGUCAAGAGCGGUUUUGUAGCAUUCCUAUACGUUACGUUAACGCGAUGAAUAAUCACGCGCGCGACAUUUUUACAGACGCAUUUCAAAUUUACCGAGAUAGAUAAGUAUAUGUGGGAGUAGUAAAGUAUAAUUUUUAUUAACAAGCGUGUAUGGUUCGCGACACCUGGCUAAGGAUACCACCUCACAGAUUCGUUUUGCGUAAUCCGCGCGCGUAAUCGAUGAUUCGAAAACAAGUGCAAAUCGUGCCAAUGUCAUGGAUAUAACGUUUCUUUUCUUUUCCUUUCUAUUACCAAUCGCAAUUCACGUGUUGCACUUGAUUUUUUUUCUCUUAUCUGUCUGGUUAUAUAUUUUAAUAAACUGCCGCAUUCCACGUAAAUUAUUCCGUACAAUUCAUCAUCCAUUUCCGGCAAUGCUGUUGCACGCGUAGAGAACAUCGUUUUUUAAUCGUAAGACAUAUAUAAUAAUAAUAUUUACACGCGUGCGUAGAUUGCUGACUGCGUCGCCGUCGAUCGGAUCGACCGGCAGCCCUAUCUUUCUUUCAACGCGAGACGCGGAAUGCACACGAAAGAAAAAACCUGCAAAUGUGCCUGCGUGACCUCCUCGCGCGCAGCAGUUAGGUGGAAAAUUGUCCCGCGACGACGAUGAAUCUUCAUUCCCGAGCACUUUCAUUUUCUACUAAGCUGUCGCACCUUUGCUCCGCAGGUUUAACGGAGGCUACAUCACCACGACGACGACGACGACGACGACAACGAUGAUGAUGAUGAUAAGGUUGACGACAAAGACGACGAGGAGGAGGCGACGAU